CCCAAACUGACGUCUGUCAAGUAGUGCCGCACAUCGCGAAAACGUUUUUUGUUUACAAACAGCUAGCAAAGCUGUGCAUGGAAUUAGCAUCGGAGUAUUUUAGAAAUUUGAUUUAAAAUUUCUAAUAAAAUUAGAUAUUAUGUUACCCUUAUCUCUUCUCAAAACGGCCCAGAGCCAUCCUAUGCUGGUGGAGCUCAAAAAUGGCGAAACAUACAACGGUCACUUGGUGAGCUGCGACACCUGGAUGAACAUCAAUCUUCGCGAGGUCAUCUGCACAUCAAAGGACGGUGAUAAGUUUUGGCGAAUGCCCGAGUGUUACAUCCGCGGCAGCACCAUCAAGUAUCUGCGCAUUCCGGACGAGGUGAUCGACAUGGUGAAGGAGGACGUCCAGGCCAAGUCGCGGAACCGGACGGAGCUGAACAAGGGCGGCGGCGGCGGUGGGGGCCGCAACCAGGGCGGAGGUGGCGGCAUGGGACAGCAGGGUGGCCGCGGUGGUCCCGGCGGUGGUCAGCGCAACAAUGCCAACAAUCGGAACACCUUCGGUGGGGGACAGGGUGGAGGUGGUGGCGGCGGCGGCGGCGGUGGCGGGAAUCGACCCAACAACCGGGCCGGCCUGGGCAAUCCCAAUCGGAACGCGCUCAACAAGAAGUAAUCAACGGGUGUGCGACGACGACGACGACGAGGUGUGAAGAAAGAAAGAGCUAAGCUGCUAAAGAUGAAUAAAAAAAAGUAUGCUUUUGUGUGCCGGAUUGAGCUGGGAAGAAAAAUA